AACCGCACUAUACAAAUUUUACCCUCUGCAGAUAAUUUAUCUGAAAUAGAAAAUCAAACUCAGACUGUCAUGAUGGAUGUUACAACAGGUUAUAGAACUAAAGCUCCAGCAAAGACGACAGUCUUUGAGAAUAAACCAAAUGCUGCUUUUCCAGACUCUCCCUUAAAUCCUAAAGGUGACAUACAUAUUACCAGAGGUCAUAUUAUGGGGACAGAAACUCACAUGGUCACACAGACUUCUAACCAAGAUGUCAGAACAUUGGCCAUGGUCCCGGAAUCUGUAUGUUUCAGUCCAGCAAUUCAAGAUUAUAAAACAUUUUUGUAUUCUACUUGUAAUGAUGCCAUGGAACUGACCAAGUGUCUCUCAAGUAUGAAAGAGGAAGAAAAUUUGCUAAAGGAUGACCGUAAUUAUGCCAAAAUGUGUCAUAAUCCAGAUACCAGCUCUCUUCUCAUGGAGAAAACGAUUUACUCAGGAGAGGAUAGCAUGGACAUUACCAAGAGUCAGACACUUGUAAUAGAAAAUCAAAUUUUUAAAGAAGAUCAGACAAAUGUCCAGAUAACAGCCAAACCAAUAUCUGAAAAAGAAAUGAUGCUCAAAAAUCACAUAACUAUGUCAAAGGAUGAGGAAAUGAAUGUAAAUUGUAUCUCAGUUUCUCAUGUAUCUAAGGAAAGAUUAAAACAGACCCAGGCAGAUCCUUUGUCUACUUCAUUGGCUGGUAAAAAGACUGUAAUCUUCACAGGUGAAGAUGAGGGUUUGACUAAAAGUCAUACAACUAAUUUAGGAAGUCAAGCUCCUUUUGCAUCUUAUAAUCUAGCAUUCAAGGAUGCCAGUACAUCUCACUCUGACAGCAAAAGCCUUUUAGAUGAAUGGGGAAAAAAGACCAAAACUCAUAAUGAACUCUCCCGACAACCAAAAAUAAUAUCUACAAACAUCCUAACUGAUGCCUGGGGCAAAGAAAUAGAUCAAGUUUUGAAGAUUUCACCCUAUCUUGAUAAAGUUUCUCCUCAGCCAGUGGAUAUUAACCAGGACAAAGCAACAAGCUAUAAUAUAGUAUACUCUCGUGGAGAUCUUCAUAAACAAGUAGCACUGGGAAAGAAUAGAAAUACAGUUUCAUGUGAGCAAGCUUUGUUUCCAAUCACUAAACAGUCUUCAGAAGGCCAAUCUGCCAUGGAAAAUCCUAAUACUGGUGUUAACAGUCAUAUAGUUAAAUCUGUACCAGACCAGAAUUCUAAACUGCCUGAGCCACUGAGGAAAAGUUUAGGUAAUCCCACCCUUGACUGUUCUCGUGACAAGAUAAUUACUUGUUCAGAAGUGGAGCAAAAUAUGGAUCUAACCAAGAGUCACACUGUUGUCAUUGGAUUUGGUCCUUCUGAAGUACAAGAACUUAGUAAGACUAAUUUAGAAAGAACUGUACUUGCAGACAGACCUGACUUUGAACUAUUCAAAAGGAAAAGUGUAGGAAAAAUAAAAGUGACCUCUUCUGCUGAGGAGAGUGUUUCCUUUUCGGAGAAUGGUGAAAGUGACCAUUCAGCAGCAAAAGUUAGCCAGCUAACACUUCUUGGGGACCGAUCUAAUAGUGUUCCUAUAGAGAAAGCUGUAGCAUUUAUAGCUGAUGAAAACAUAGAUGUGUCUACAUCAACUGUUUGGAAAAAUGACAAAGAUAUACAAAAGCCUGGAUUUCUGAAUGAACAUUUGUCAGGCAAAAGUCAAAGAAGGAAAAGCCUUAGACUCAAAGAUGACAAGCCCAUUGCAUUUUCAGGUAAUGAUAAAAAUGAUAUGGAUAUCAUCCAGAGUUGUACAAUGAAAAUAAAUAACAAAAAUGCCCUAGAAGAUAGAAAAGAUUCUCUGUUGGUGCCUUUGGCAGGAACUUCUAAAACUGUUUUGUAUACAUGUGGGCAGGAUGACAUGGAGAUCACUAGAAUUCACACAACUGCCUUAGAAUAUAAAACUGUCUCACCAGUCAAAAUAACCACUAGGCCAAUGGACAAUACUGUAUUGUUUAUAGAUAAUCACAGUGAUCUGGAAGUCACCAAGUCCAAUACUGCUUUCAUUGAUUGUCAAGCCACAGAAAAAAUACUUCAAGAGUGCCCUAAAUUUGGAAUAGUAAAAAGAAAAACCUUGGGUGUUUCUUUUCCUAAGGAUGGAAGCUCUGUUCAAGAAAUCACUAAACAACAAGCACAGGCUAUAGAAAACAAAAUUGUUCUUCAGACUGAGCAAGAGCACCAUGUGAUACCCUGUUCUAAUACAUUGUCUGGGGAUCAAGCUCAGAUAGAAAUC